AUGACAACAGCCAAACCCCUCGACAUCCUCAUUAUCGGCGGUUCCCUCGCCGGCCUCCUCACCGGUACCGCCCUCUCUCGUCUCGGCCACCGCAUCCGGAUCUUCGAACGCGCUCCCGCAAUGGCAAAUCAAGGCGCCGGAAUUGUCGCUCAGCCCGAUCUCCUCCACUUCCUCUCCGCAUACGACCGUACCCACGCAACCGUAACGGUCAAGAGUGGACUGAGGCAGUAUCUGGAUGGAGAGGGAAAGGUGUUGGAGAAGGAGGAUACAGAGCAGAAGAUGACGAGUUGGGAUGCGGUAUACUGGGUUUUGAGGGCGAAUUUUGAUGGGAGGGGCAGUGAAUAUAUCGAAGGUGAGGCGCCGCAGUGUCCGAGUACCGCUUCCUACAAUCUCAGCCAUACAUUAGAUUCGUUCGAAGUUAAGGGGAAGAAAGUCGAAGUGAAGUACACAUCAGGAGAAGGAAAGGAAGCUACGCAGCACAUGACGGAAGCAGACAUAUUGAUCGCAUGUGACGGCGCCUCCAGUACCGUCCGAUCCUCCCUCCUCCCCGACGUGAAGCGGAAGUACGCAGGCUACCUCGCCUACCGAGGCUUGAUCCCCGAGAAAGAGCUGAGCAAAGAAGCUUGUGAAGCACUCAUUGGAAAGUUCUCAUUCUUCCACGCUGAAGGAACGCAAUGUCUCACGUACGCCAUUCCUGGCGAAAGCGGCUCCACGAAAGAGGGUGAACGAAACCUGAACUGGGUUUGGUACGUCAACCUACCCGAAGACAUCAAGAACGACUCCAAAGAACCCGGUGAGAAUCCAUUUAUCAGUAACGAAGGCUUUGUGGGAACAUGGAGUUUGCACUCUGGACAGCUCCAGGAGAAGACCAUCGAGAACGUCAGAGAAAGGGCGAGGAAGCAGUUACCGCCUGCGAUGAGGGAAGCGGUACUUAAGACCCCACAGCCGUUUUUGCAGGCGGUCACGGAUGUGCGGUCUCCGGAGAUCGUACACUCAAACGGUCGGGUUAUCCUGGCCGGUGACGCGACAUGUGGACCGAGACCGCAUACUGCAGCCAGCACGAACCAGGCCGCUCUUCACGCCCUCUGGCUCGCGGAAUUGGUCGGUGAGGCGGGCAAGGGGUGGGAGGAUGUAAAGAAAGCGUUAGGAGGAGAAUAUACCAAAAGAGUAUUGGAGUAUAGCGAGGAGCUGGAUGCGAAGGGCAGAAAGCUUGGCAACCGGAGUCAGUUUGGGAAACAUCCGUGGAACGUGGAGGGGUAA